UCUGCUCAUCAUGGGACCCCAAGUAGUGUUCAAAAACCAUUAUGUUAGAGAAACUAUAUUCAUUAACAUCAUCAAAACAUCAAUUCCAGUGGUUUUAAAUGUUCCCUCAAACACACGGCAAUCGGCCUGCCUCGAUCCCCACAUUUAUAGCUUUAUAUUCAAGAAACCUUGUUUUCAUCACUCCCCCCAACUUCACAGGGCAAAGGCAAGCUUUUCUUGCUUCUUUUCUCCUUAAUUUUAGGUUUUCGUAAUAAUUAGGUUAGCUGUUUCACAGAUGGAUAGAGAUACUGAUGAUUCUGGCGUGGGGGAUUUCAUCAGGGACAUGAAUGAACUGGAAGCAAGAGUGAAAACGCUGGAGGAACAAGCAGCACGGCAGACCACGGAACCCUUGGUGCCCGUCGAGAGAUGGCAAAUCGAUGCCGAGGAAGAAGAAUCAUCGGCGGAGGAGCGGCGCCUGCCGGAAAUUGAAGCCAAAGUCUGUAACCAAAAUAUUCUUCUCAAAAUCCAGUGCGAGAAACGUAAGGGACUGUUGGUGAAAAUACUUCUGGAGCUGGAUAAACUAAAUCUGGAUGUUGUCAGCGCCAGCGUUGCGCAGUUCGGGAGUUUCAUUCUUGACGCUACCAUUCUCGCUGAGAUGGAGAAAGAAUUCAAACUUGUAGUGGAAGAGGUAGUGGGAGCCCUACGUUCUGCUCUCCAAGUUGCUCCAUAGAGAGCUUGCAUAUAAAAAGGGCAAAUUACGUAGAUCUAAUGAUACUAAUGUUCACUGUUCUUUACAAAAUUACAAAAUCAUGUGAAUAGCUGCUGAUGUAAUUUAUUUUAGGCGAUUUAUGUAAGAUUUUGUCUUUGAAAACCAAGUGUCAAUAUAUAUCAAAAUUAUAGUC